AUGAAUACAAACGCUGAUCAAAUCUAUUCAAAUAAUUUAGUGAAUCAAUAUCAAGCACAUCUUUCAGAGAAUACACAGCUUGUAAAUGUAAUACCGUCAUCGGCAAAUCGAAUUAUUCACCAGACAACAAAUAGUAUUAAUGGAGAUGCAAAUGAUUUGAAUGAGAGAUCACUUGAUUUAUCUACGGAUUAUAUGUCCAAUGCAAACCUAAGUUCAAAUGUAAAUAUAGUAAAUUACUUGCCAAAUUUACCCGUCACAAUAAUAAAUACAAGCUCCGAUCAUAUUCAUCACCAAAAUCAUCAAUAUAUUAAAAAGUGUGAAAGCAUACUAAGCAUACAUCAGCCUAAGGAACAAUCACACAUGAUACACAUCUAUGGAGACAGCAAUAUUAUACAAUCAACAGAUUUGCCUGUCCUUACUCCACUUAAAUAUAUGGAGUAUCAAAAUAAUCUUAGCAGUAUUGUCACGUCUGCUGGAACUGACGAGCAGCAAAUCUUAAUGAACAAUGACGAUGUCAUGUCCGAAAAGAGUGAUUGUGAAAGUAUUCAUGAACAACCGCUAAAGCAAAGUCUACCACAUAAAAAACGAAUAGCAAAGAAAUUGAAUUCUGAUGAAUUUUCAAUCAUCCUGACUGAUCCAGACGCAAAUAUUCGUGCACUUCAAGCUGCAAACCCUCAAUUUGAAUGUAUUGAAUGCGGUUUAUCGUUUAUUGGUCAAUUGGAAUUUUAUAUGCAUCUAAAAGAACAUUAUGAAGGUCAGUCAUCGUCACUAAUGCGACAUACCAAACGAAAAAGAUUUGCUCAACAUGAAGAGUUGGAAAUUCAUGUGCAUGACGAAGAAGAUCCAAAUUCAGUUGCUGAGAAUUUAAUUAUUGAAUCUUUAGAGGAUUCACAAGAUGAUAUUAAGUCUGAAGAGAUUGAAGGCGACGCUUUUGGGUUUAGUGAACCCGAAGACAUGGAAGAUUUUCGCAAGGAAGUAGAAAAAGUCGUUGAAACAAUUGGCGAUACAGAAUGUCUACCAGAUUCUUCCUGGAAUUAUCAAGUAUCGGACGAGAUGGAUGAAAGUCAUACAAACGUUACAAUUAUGGAAAGCUAUUCCGAGAAAAUGGAUAGUAUCGAUCAGUCUAAUUAUUCAAAUCAACAAGAGCUAAAAUGUGAAUCAUAUCUGUGUACGCAAGAUAUUAAGGAUGAUAACGAUGUCGAUGAGCAUACAAUUUUACAUUUUACUAAUAAUAGCAAUGAACUAAUUGACAUUAAGCACGAAAGAAUGAAUGAUCCAGCGAUAAUUCAACCAAGUGUCUUAGAAACAGAUGAAGAGGAUGAGAAGCCUCUCGAGGAAGUACGAUUAUUACUAAAGAAAACAAAGAGAUAUCAAAAACAAAAAGUUCAAAAUGAUGCAGAAGUUGAAUUUAACGAGUGCCUGAAGAAAAUUCAAAAUUUUAAGUGUAAUGAUUGCAAUAAAUGCUUCAACUCAAGGACUGCACUAGGAUAUCACUUAAAAACUCACAGUAGUGAGCGAAGAUAUGUCUGUGAUCAGUGUGGGAAGAAAUUCUUAACAAACGGAGCAUUAAAAGUACAUUUAAGACUACACACCAAUGAUCGACCUUAUAAAUGUAAUUUCCCUGAUUGUGGAAAGUCGUUUAGACAAUGGGGCGAUUUGAAAUAUCAUGAGACUAGUUUACAUUCAGAUAAGAAGGAUCACAUUUGUGAAUUCUGUGCUAAAGCUUUUGCUAGAAAAUACUCGUUAGUAAUUCAUAGGAGAAUCCAUACUGGUGAAAAGACAUACAAGUGCACAGAAUGUGACAAGAGUUUCCGAGCCUCAUCUUAUCUCCUUAAUCACAAACGUAUUCAUUCUGGCGAACGUCCAUUCGCGUGCAUGGUCUGUGGGAAAAAGUUUCGAGUUCAAGGGGAUCUUAAAAGGCAUACAAAAAUUCACGAUCGUGUUAAGAAUGGGGUAGUGAAAGAGAAGAAAAAAGUAAUUGAGCCUCAAGUUAUAUCCAACAAUCAAGAUAUUAACAAUGUAGCGGGGAAAGAAUGUGUGGACUUAAGCAAAGAGAAGAAAGCAAUGGAAAACACGGAUAGCAACUUUAUAGAAAACCUUACGAAAAAAGGAAUCGGCAAUAAUGAAGUUACGAAAAAGAUUAAGAAAAGUCACAAAAAGAAAAAUGUCAAGUAG